AUGACCCAGCUCGACAUUGCAACGAGAGCUCCCGAGAGCGAUGCCGCCGAGACCAUCACCGAGCCCGUGACCGAGAACACUUCUGCUGCUGACACGCCAGCCCAGUCAACCAGCCCUACUACGACUACGGGAGGCGCUGGUGAACACAGCGAACACUGCGUAUCGGAUCGACCAGCUCCGGCCGGCCAGUCCUCGACUGGCGAGAUCAUCAAGAUCAACGAUGUCGACUCAUACAUCUCGAAACCCGCCGACUAUCCUCAUGCACCAGCCAGACUCCUUCUCCUCUUGACGGGGGGCACAGGCCUGAAGUCAGUAAACAACCAACUCCAGGCCGACAAAUUCGCCAGCGAGGGCUUCGUAGUGGUCAUGCCUGACCUUUUCAACGGCGACCCCGCACCCAACUCUUCUACGAUCGAGAGCAGCGAGGACAACAGCUCGUUCCUGGAUACCUUUAAGAUGAAAAUCGUCGAAACCGCAAAGAGCUUUCAGAUCGACAUGUGGCUGGCGCGACACACGGAGGAGAAGGUCCUGCCGAUCUUGUACAAGGUCAUCGAGGGUGCUAAAGAGAAGUUUGAUGACGCCGUGAAGAACGGCGACGGAAUCUACGCGGUCGGCUACUGCAUCGGAGGUCGCUACAUUCUGCACCUAGGCUCCGACAAGAAGGUUGCGACCGGAGGUCAGGAGCCUGCUGAUGCCGAAGCCGGCGAAGUUAAGACUGGUCCUUUCAUCAAGGUCGGCGCGAUAGCACAUGGCGCGUCUGUCAUUCCUGACGACUUCACCGGCGUCAAAGUGCCCAUAUCUUUUAUCUGCGUCGAGAAUGACCCUCUCUUCCCCGAGGAGGUCAGAACGCAUGGUGAGGAUGUCAUGUCCAAGGCGAACUUGGAGCACGAAGUCCAGGUCUACCCUGGCGUGCCGCACGGCUUCGCCGUUGUUGGCGAAUAUCAGGAUGCGUCUAUCAAGGAUGCUCAGAGCACCGCAUACGAGCAAAUGCUGAAAUGGAUCAAGGAGCACUAG